UAAUAUUUACUCCAAAACUAAAAGACUAAACUUCAAUUUGAACCAAUUCGUCGUAUAUUCUUGGAGAAUCUAAUUUUAUAACUUCCCUUCCUUACAAUCCAAUUCGUAUUAGGUAUCAUAUAUAACGCGUUACCCACUUUCAUUACAAUUAUGGACGACGAGGAGCCUACCCUACCCAGACUCCCCGCAGUGUCUUGGGAUUCUCACACACAGACUUUCACUAAUACGCGCAAACGCGCUCGCGACCAAUCGCUUGCGCCACCUGUAUAUGCUAACUCAAGUGACCCUGCUGUCUUUUCUAGCGAUGAUGAUCCUCAUGUGGAGAAUUAUACACAGGGACGACAUAGAAAGAAGCGUUAUGUCGGCACCUGGUUUCAGCAGCACCCCGCCUCGUCUGAUUCCCCCUUCUCUGAGGCGCCGCGACCCUUGCCAAAACCAAGAAGAACUUUUGAGCGACAAUUCGAUAGUGGAGUAUGGAUGGGAAGCGAUAUUUCUGUGGAUACGGAUGACGAUACUGUCACUGACAUGGAUUUGCCUGCUCUGUCUAAGCUACCGCAACCCAGACAUGUUGGGCCCGUCCCGGCUAUCUCCCCCAGUGAAGCUGUUGCUCGGAAGGUAAUCCAGGAUGCUAUUGAUUCCGGAAGCACAGCUAUAGACUUAUCGUGAGUCGCCUUUCCGUCCACAAGCCGUGGACCGUUACAAAAUGCAUAACUACCUCUACCUAGGUACAUAUCGGUGCUAAUUACCUCACCGAUAAGGAACCUUCGAUUUCUCUUUUCUUAUCAAAUAAUCCUCUGUCGCAUGCUCCUGGGGCUAUCUUCAAUCUGGAGAAUUUGACUUUCCUCACUCUACGAAACACCAAUAUCACCGAGCUUCCGCCUAGUAUCGGAAAGCUUCGUAAUCUACGAACCCUCAAUAUAUCGCUUACGCGUCUUCAAUGUC